AUGCCGUUCAGAUUCCAAGACACUUGGCCAACCCAGCUGAGAAGCCUUGGUCUCGUUCGACGUUGCACUACUACGAUGCUUCUGAGCGACGCUCUGCAAAAGCCCCCAAAGUCGGGUUUUCCGCUCUUCAUUUCCAGAGCGUGUUCCUUUCUCCGUAUAAUUUUUCACAUUGGAUACAUACCGUUCGUAAUCUAUCUUGGAAUUACUAACCAAGGUCACCCUUUGGAGUCCCCAAUAUCCUUGUGGAACGUAAUUAUGCCCCUGUCAAUGGCACCACAGUAGACAGCUUGAAACACUAUGCCUAGUCUGUAAAUAGACUCGUUGGACUUA